AUGGAGCGGAGAACCCUGGCAAGAAACAUGCCACAGCUAGAGCCAGUGGCGCAGAGAUGGAUAGGAAGAACCAGCACUGGAGGUUCCAGGGUAGACACCUACCUCUCUCACGCCGCGAGCGUCUCUUCCCCGCCAGCUCCUGGCUCACACCCCUCCGAGGCAACCGAUGGGCCGGAGAGUCCUGUCAGCAAGGGCCCUGUGGCACAACAAGAAGUGGUCCAGGGGGACAUGAAUACCGGCGGCAGCCUCAACGCCCAGGUGCUGCACCUCGUGGCAGAGCGGAUCCGAACCAAAGCUGUCUUCCAGACCCAUUUGUCCAAGUUCGUGACGUGGCAGUUCGACGGCGAGUACCGGGGGGAUGACUGCACAGCCACCCUGACACUGGGCAACCCCGACCUCCUCAGUGAAUCCGUGAUCAUGGUGGCCCACUUCCUGCAGAGCGUGACCUCCCGCCUGGUGCUGGGUGGAGAGAUGGUUUAUCACCGGCGGCCCGGCGAGGAGGGAGCCAUCGUCACACUGGCAGGGAAGUACACAGCUCUCAAGUGGGUGGCGACACUGAACAUCGGGUAUGGCGGCGCCCAAGCCAGGUACUACCACAAAGGCCACCAGCAGGUCCAGGUCGGGGUGGAGCUGGAGGCCAACACGCGGCUGCAGGACACCACCUUCGCCUUUGGCUACCAGCUCAACCUGCCGCAGGCCAACAUGGUCUUCAGAGGGCUCCUGGACAGUAACUGGUGUGUGGGGGGGGUGCUGGAGAAGAAAUUACCCCCCCUGCCCGUCACCCUGGCUCUGGGUGCCUUCCUCAACCACUGGAAGAACCGUUUCCACUGUGGCUUCAGUGUCAUCGUGGGCUGAGAAGGCUGGCGGGGCCUAGGGGGUGCCCGGGCAGAGCGAGCGCCCGCGCGCGGGCUGGCAACUCCUGCCACCUUCCUGCUCAGGGAGCCUUGGCGCCGUGAGGGUGCGGGCCGGGGCCCCACUCUCGCCCCAUGGGCCCACUGCCCGCGGGGGCAACUGUCCCCA